GCCAUCGAAGGUUUUUUGCCUUGUUUUGUAUCAUCAUCAUCAACAUUAAACAUCGACAUCAACCUCGAUCUCUCAUCACAUUACCAUUUCAUUCUGUUUGUUUUCUCUUUGAGUUUUUGUUGUUAUUUGAAACAAAGUCCUCAUCAGAAUUGAUUGAAUAUCAUUAAUUUUCUUAUAGAAUUUGUUUCUCAUUCUCAGUUGACAGGAGAAAACAACCCAUCAUCAUCAUUAUUUUUCAAGUUUCACCAAAAUAAAUAUUUCUUCCUGAUUUUUGUUUGACACAUUCAUCGUCAUUGUUGAACUAAAUUUUGUUUUAUAUUUUUUUAGGGAAUAAAUCAACAAUUGAAGAAAAAUGAGUUCCAAAGAUGAUGAAUAUGAUUAUUUAUUUAAAGUGGUCUUAAUCGGUGAUUCUGGUGUUGGUAAAAGUAAUCUAUUAUCUCGUUUUACGCGUAAUGAAUUCAAUUUGGAAAGUAAAUCGACCAUCGGUGUGGAAUUCGCAACGCGUAGCAUUCAAGUGGAUAACAAAACGAUCAAGGCACAGAUCUGGGAUACAGCCGGACAGGAAAGGUAUCGUGCAAUCACCAGUGCAUAUUACCGUGGUGCAGUGGGUGCCCUGUUGGUCUAUGAUAUUGCAAAACAUUUGACCUAUGAAAAUGUCGAACGAUGGCUCAAAGAGUUACGCGAUCAUGCCGAUCAAAACAUUGUGAUAAUGCUUGUUGGCAAUAAAAGUGAUCUUCGCCAUCUUCGUGCCGUGCCUACCGAUGAAGCUAGAGCUUUUGCUGAACGUAAUAAUCUUUCGUUUAUCGAGACCUCUGCAUUGGAUUCAACUAAUGUGGAAGCGGCGUUUCAACAGAUUCUCACAGAAAUUUAUCGUAUAGUGUCGCAAAAACAGAUUCGUAAUGAUAAUGCUGAUGAUCAAUCAUCGCCUGAUAACAUUACACCAGUCACUAUUCUGCCAACAGAUAAUGCUGAACGUAAAAAGAAUAAUUGUUGCCAGGUUUAGUAGUAGCACAUCGCAUCAUGGGGAAUUAUUGUAAAACCAGAAACCUUUUUAUAUAUUCAACCACCAAGUCCCUUCCAAAUCAAAUGAUGGCCUAAACCUAUAUCAUAAA